AUGUGGCCUGCAUUUGUGCCUUUGCUGCUGGGCUUCCUGCCGGUUUCCAUCGCGGCAUUGGAGCGACUUGUCUUGGUUUCGCGCCACGGCGAACGGCAACGGUUGUGGAAAGACCAGGUCACGCAAGCAGAGGACAAGGCUGGCGAAGGCGGGCCACGCCUGACGGCCAAAGGCGCUAAGGAACUGGUUGAUGUCGGCGGAUCUCUGCGGCAGCGCUACAUGCAUCCGAGCUGUUCGCAAGCGCGCUGCUUGGAAGGAAGCAUCGGAAAUGGCACCUAUGUGCCUGCAGAGGUGCGUGCGGAGAGCAGUGGCUUGGCCCGAACCCUCGGCUCCGCAUACGCUCUCCACGAGGGACUUCUGCCGCAGGGCUCUGUCCCAGGUGGCGGCUUGGCAGGUUCUGUGGUGGUGCCAAUUCCGGUCUACAGUCGGCCCAAAAGCGAAGACUUCAUCCUACGCGGCUACACGAUGUGUUCGUCACAGGAGAGAAGUGUUGAAAACUGGUACUCCAGCGAGCAAUUCCGGAACAAGGCAGAAGAGACCGUGGAGCUCCGAAGCCGGGUCGCAUCUGCCUUGGGGCGCACAAACGUCACCGAGGAUGAUGGCACUGGUGCUCCCCUCCCUGACUGGUGGAAUACCUACGAUGAGUUGGUGAUUGCGGCUCAAGCCGGAAGUCCGGUUGUAAAUUCGUCGGACAUGGAAGAGGCCGAGGAGCUCGCAGCUUGGCUUGAAGCCAUGAAAUUCAGCAAGAAGGUGGCGGGUAAUCGCUGCGGAGGACCUCUCCUGCAUGUGAUUGGCGAGCGUUUGGAUUCCUCCAAGUACCCUGAACUGCGGCUACUGCAUUACAGUGCACACUAUGCGACAAUGCUUUGCCUCCUUACGGCUUUAGGUAUUUCUGCAAGUUCAGAAACGUCCCAGGACAGUUGGCUGACUACGGAGCUUUUGGGUUUGAGCAGUGUGCUCGCUUUUGAAGUUUCCUCAGCCGAAGAACCUAUGGUUCGAUUGCAUUAUUGGCCGGGGACUGACAGCUCUGAUGACACAUGGCGAAGCUUGGAUUUGCCUUGUGCUGGUCUCGGCACCGCGGCCGCCGGGGGCUGCACGGUGUCACAGUUCAAGGCCUGGGCCACGACCCACGGUCUGCCUACGUUGAGGGCUUGGUGUCGUGCAUGUGAGAAUUUCGAGCCCGAGCGUCGACUCUGCUCGAUGACCGCGCCGACCCAAGAAGACGAUUCGGUGCCUUCGCAGUGGGACCUUCCAGCGAUUGCCUUUGUUUUCCUUGGAGUUGGAAUGUCUGCGUUCCUGGCUGUCGGUUGCUACACCUUCCGUCGGAGCUUCUCUGCAUGCUUUUCUGUGGAUGAGGAAAGACGAAGCAUGGUAAACCAUAACGGAGCUACAAUUGGUGCCUGCAGUCCGGGAGCCAAGCCGCUUCAGAUUCGACUCGCGGCCGGGAACUUCACGGCCCAGGGAGCAGUUUGGUGUUACAUCCUUGAAGAUUCCUUUGUUCAGUGCCGUGGUGUGGUCAUCGGCACCUGUCCGAAGACCCAUGAUCCUGAGAACGGCAGGAACAUUCGUAUUUGUCGCCUGCCGGUGGAGGCACGCCCGCGCCGCGGCCUUCAGUUUGCUGCGCUCUCGAGGGAGGCCUACGAUGUUGGUGGUCACAUCACCUACACUUCCAGCCGGGUAGCCUUGACAGUCACACCAGAUGGCUGGAUAUGUGGCCACUCCACGCGUGAGAUGGAAGGCGCCAUCGAUCUCUCCGCUAUUCGCUUUUGCAAGCAAGGCGGCAUCUCUCUUACGGACGAGGUGACGCUGCAUACUGUGGAUGUUCGCGGUUCGCGCCUGGUUUGUCUUCAAGGACACCUGUCAGAGUGCUUCUAUGUGUUGCAAUCCAAGCGGCCUCUGGCCAUGCUCCCAGAGAGCUGCCGGCCGAAGGAGGUGUUACAUUUCGUGACCCCUGGCUCUGGACCUGGAGCCUUCCACCUUAUUCAGGUUCGGCCUACACAAGGCUCCGGCAUCGGCGGUGAUCUAAUGUGGAAAGAUGGUGUUUGGAAUCACGACCAAGUCCAUCUCACGGGGAUUAUGUAUGAGGUCAGUGCAGAUGCUUUGUCACUCUCGUUCCUCGAUGCUUCCUGGUCACAAGAGAUCUUGAGGAUCUUUGUGGCUGAGUUUCAGAAGUUCCUGAUGGCAAAGUUUGGCAGCAUCGACGAUGCAUGGGAUGAGGCUUUCGAUCUGAACGGUCUCGGCGUGGUGAACUUCACGCAGUUCAGUGUCGGCUGCAAGAAAGCUGGCUAUGUUGGCAAUGCCACACGGUUGUGGGCGGCAAUCAAUGACGAUCACGGCGAUGUGAUCUGCCUCGAUCAGCUUGCCAGGAAUUACCUAGAACCGGAGCCUUCGGACCAGCUGGACAUGGGUCGUCGCUCGGUAGACACCCUCUUUGCUGCAACGCAUGCAAUGGUGAGGAUGCGCCGGCGCUGGAGAAUGGAGCUGGCUGAUAGCGGCAACCGCCUCACCAGCAAGCCAAGAAUGGAUGCCACAGACAUCCUGCAGGGCAUGACUGGCGGCGAUUUUCGCCGAAGAGCGCUGCAUUGGAUGCAGCAAUGCCAGACAAGGCACGGGCGCGUGUUCUGGAUCAUGAAACUGAAAGCCGUCAAGCUGAACUAUCAGAUUUCCAACAUUCUGGAAGUGAUGCAACUUUGUGUGCCUUGGGCUUGCCUUUUGGAGGUGGCAGGUGGCUUCCUUGCUCCGUUCUACCUUUACCAGGGGCUCAGUUCGGGUACACUCCAACUACCCCAAGACCUGCUCCGCACUGGGUGUUAUGGGAACCCCGACACCAACGUGCUGCCUUUUCGUUUGGCAGUGGCUGUUGAUCAACAUGCCGAGUUCCAGCAGGCCGUGAACUUGGGAGCCGAAGCUGCCCGAGAGUUGCGGAAGACUUGGCUGAUCCAUUUCCAAGAGAAAGGUCUCCAUCCGAUUAUUUACACAGCCUUGGAACAGCCCAGGCUGCCAAGACAAAGGCACCAUUCAAGAGCCGGCCUGGACGAAGGCCUCUCACAGGGUGCCGCUGUGCUGUUCGCAGGUGAUUGGCGAUUUGAUGAAGGAGUGGUUGCCAGCAUACAGCGGCAUUUGGUGAGGCCGCUCCAGGCUAGGGUCUUCGCGGUACUCAGCUGGCGAAGACAGCGACGUGGGUGGGCAGAACGCCGUGCUAUGAAAAAGCUCGUGCCAUCGCUGACCGACUUCCUAUGGGUCUUGGACGACUCUGAAGAGGACCUUCGCCGGAAGAUCCAGCCCAGUGCCCUGCAACGUUACCAGCGGAUGGGUGGGCGGGCUCUGGCCCCUCUCGGGAAGCACAGCCAAGGAGGGUCAUUGCACAGCCUGGUCAAGUUGCAAAAAGUCUUGGAUUUGACAGAAGCCCACGAGACGCGACGAGGGUUCCGUUUCCGAUGGCUUAUCUACAGCCGCCUGGAUCUUGUCUGGGUCUCACAUCAUCCGCCGCUUAAAUUAUUGGAUGAGAAGAGCAUAUGGACCGUGCCCCUGGCAGGCAAACUGCAGCAACAAACGAAGGGAAAGGAACCAAAGACGUUUGCUGCUAACGACUGGCACGCAGUGGUUCCGCGACGGCUGGCCUUCGCCUACUUCAGGCGGUGGUUUCAUGUUGCCAAGGGCGACGCCCCAUGGCUGCCAUCACUGGAGCCGGAGGAGCUUUUGAGCUCCCUGUGUGAAGUCAUGAGUGUGCCAGUGCGUACUUUCGACCCGGUGUUCACUUUGACGAACUGUCGACGCUGGCGCUGCCAGUUCCAGGGCUGGGUUCCCUCGAACGGCCGGCUGCGGUGGCCGGAGCAAGCAGCGAUCCUGCUCCAAGCUGCCAGUGACCUGCGGCUUGGUGCGGCUACCUGGGCUCGAGUCGACUCAGGUGGUCUGGCGAUCGUGCGACACGUGCGAGACGUGCGACCUGAGGAAAAGAGGCCUGAGCUGUAA